CUAGCAGCUGAAGAUUUUGGCCAUUCAAGAAGCUAAGAAGCUAAGAAGCUAAGAAGCUAACAGUUUAAUAAAGCAACAAAUUUACUUCCAGCACUUAAUAUUACAGUUUAUUCAUCUGUGUUCUUGAGGAGUUUGAUUCGCAUCAAUCUCGAAAAGAUAUGGCUGCGGAUUGGUUGGGUAGUUUGGUGUCAAUUAACUGUGGGCCAACACUGGGAGUCUAUCAAGGAGAGGUAUCAUCUGUGGACCAGUCCAGCCAAACCAUCUCCUUAAGACAACCUUUCCAUAAUGGAAUCAAGUGUCCUGUCCCCGAGGUCACAUUCAGUGCCAUUGACAUAAAGGAACUAAAGAUUUUAGAUAUCAAAAAUGGCAAUGCAAGGAACAGCUCUUCUGUAUCUACCAAGGUAAGCAGUGCUCCAGUUGCAGUCCCAAAAGGUGACCCCAGGUCUGUGGAGAAGGUAAACUCCCCUCAACACUGCUCUAAAAGCUAUGGAGAGCGUCAUCUGGAUAUUCCUGGCCAGCCUAAAGGUUUUCGUCGAAGACACAACUCCUGGUCAUCCAGUAGUCGAGGGGCAAACCAAGUGACACCGAAAAAGAAUGGGGUGAAGAAUGGUCAGAUGAAACACAGAGAUGAUGAGUGUUUUGGGGAUGGCAUGGAUGAUGGCCUGGACACAGACUUUGAUUUUGAAGGAAACUUGGCUCUUUUUGACAAAGCAGCAGUUUUCUCAGAGAUUGACAUAUCGGAGCGCCGUAACGGUGCAAGGUCACGUGGGACACCACAAGAGCAGACACCUUCACGUUACCGUCACGAUGAGAACAUUCUGGAGGCCAAACCUAUUGUGUACAGACAGAUUACUGUACCACAGCCUGGAGCCAAAGAGUACUGCACUGACUCUGGGCUUGUUGUGCCCAGUAUAUCCUAUGAACUACACAAGCGCCUGUUGACGGUUGCUGAGCGUCAUGGUCUCUCACUGGAGCGAAGACUUGAAAUGACUGGAGUGUGUGCCAGUCAGAUGGCACUUACAUUGCUGGGUGGGCCCAACAGAUUCACUCCAAAGAAUUUACACCAGCGUCCCACAGUGGCACUUCUGUGUGGCCCUCAUGUUCAGGGGGCUCAGGGCAUCAGCUGUGGUCGGCACCUGUCCAAUCAUGAAGUGGAGGUCAUCCUGUUUCUGCCCAAUUUUGUCAAGAUGCUCGACUCUGUCACCAGCGAGCUCACACUUUUCAACAAAACGGGGGGCAAACAGGUGUCAAGUAUCAAAGACCUUCCAGACACCCCAGUGGACCUAAUCAUUAACUGCCUGGACUGCCACGAGAACACAUUCCUAAUGGAUCAGCCUUGGUAUCGAGCAGCUGCAGAUUGGGCUAACCAGAACCGAGCACCAGUGCUCAGCUUAGACCCUCCUGUUAGUGGACAGGGUCAAGCAGUUGAAGCGAAGUGGUCCCUCUCUCUUUGCCUCCCGCUUCCCCUGGCUGAGGGAGCUGGCAGGGUUUACCUGUGUGACAUAGGUGUUCCUCGCCAGGUGUUCCAGGAAGUUGGAAUCAAGUACCAUUCCCCCUUUGGGUGCAAGUUUGUCAUCCCCCUGCACUCUGCAUAAAGGAACUAAUGGUUAACAUGACAGUUGAAUCUUUCACCAUCCUUGACCGUUUGGGUUUGGGCGCCUUAUAUUAGAGAGCUUCAGCUUUCAGUUCAUCCCUUAAGUUUCUUACUCAUCAACAUGCGAAAGGGACUUUUCCCCUCACACUGAAGGACCACUGUUUGGUAUGUUAGUCCGUUCUACAAGGACUAAAUGUAUAUGAAUGGAGAAGGAAAACGUUUUCAAACCUUUUUCUUUAUUGAAAAAAAUAGAUAGACUUCAGCAAUUAAAUAGAUAACAUUGUGUUUACAUGAUCUAACAAGAUAUUUUGAAAAUAGGCUAUUCAAAAAUACACGCAGUUCAGUUUUAAAUUGGAUAGGACAAUCUCUGACUUAAAGAGGAAAACUUCUGAAUGUCAUUGUAAUCUAACGUCAUUCAAAAGCCAUGUUGUGAAUAAACACAGAUCCACCAUCGAA